AUGCCACGUAAGCUACGUAAGAAUAUACGUAAGAGGAAGGGAGCAUUGAAACAUCCAAUAGUAAAACUGACACCACAACAACAGUUGCAACAACAAAUGAUGAAUGACCCCACUAUGUUGCAACAAAUGUCAAGCAACCCUAUGCUUUUAAACCGAGUUAUUGGUGCACAGAGUGGAGGUUUAAGAGCGGCACUUUUAGCGAAAAUGGCAGGCUAUGGUGGAGCUGCAGACGGAACAGCUUAUAACCCUCAAAGUCAAAUGAAUUUGAGUUCACUCAAAAAUCAAAUAACAGAUGUCAAAAAGUCAAACAUAGACAUACAGAAACAAAUAAGUGAAAACGAAAAGAAACUAGAAUAUGACAGACACACAAAGAAACUCAAUGAGUUAAACGUAGAGAAAAAGAAGAAAGAAGAACAACUGAAAGAACUAAGUACAGAGGAAUAUGCGAAAAAAGUGUCAGAAAAAGCAGCAGAAGUAGCAAAAAUGGAACAAGAUGUUAUAAAUUUGAAAAACCAUACUACUCAAUAUAAAGUACU